GUGGAGCUGUAUCUUUCCCAUAAAUACAUGUGCCCAACCAAACUCUUUUCACUAUAAUCAGCCGAAUCCAAUGCAAUUUACUAUACCUUCUCUCAACUUCCGUCAUCUUUUUGAUCACUAUGUCUUUCACUUUUUCUCACCAAUAGAAGCUUGUUUCGUCCAAUAGCAAGCAAACUCUAUAAUUUUAACUCGCUAUUUAAAGAUCACCAUCCAUUCAAGCACCGGGGAAAACAGUCGAACAAGCGCAACGGGGGAUGGUGACAACCCAAGUCACACGGUUCCGCACUAAAUAUGGCAACGUCAGGAAAAAGUCCGUCAUUUUCUGGUCUCCCUCUUUGCGUGCUCUUUCGUCCUUUUUUCUCUUUUUUUCCACUCCGUUCCUUCUCAUGAGGGUGUUGCAAAAACUCGGCGCCAUCGUUGAAUAUUGGUCAUUCGACUUUCCUCCGGGACAUGAGACGAAUUUCGAAGAUUCCCUAGGUGGUGCCUGGUAUAUCUCACCGGCUCAUCAUGCAUUAGAGUUCGUGAUUUUGGUACCACUGUUUUUGGCAUUGACUCUUUUUUUUGGUUGGCGCGCGUUUGGUCCUACGACGCGAGCUUUUCAACUACUCAACAGCCCCUUACCAACGGUGAAAGCAUCCCUAUUGGAGAAUAUUCUCUUGUUCCUAUUGGUGCUAUCGUUGGGCGUCACAAUUGUUCACAAGGCUUACACGGAAACCCUUUUAUUUCUCUUCCAGCCUUGCCAUGCUAGUGCCUUUAUUUUGAUCAUCAUUAUGGGCUGGCCCUCUUCUUGGAAUCUAAUGGUACCCCGACUUUUGUUCAACAUUUACCUUCAUACGCUUUGGGGGGCCAUCUUGGCCCUCGUCUUCCCCGAUCUUCGGGACCACGAUAUGUUUGGUGAAGUGGCCAAUUUCUUCCUGGAGCAUGCCUUGAUUCUGGUCGUUCCAUUUUAUCUACUGACCACCGGUCGCUACGUCGUCCUGCCUCCGUCCGUCGACAUGGCACUUUUCAGUUUCUUCCUCUAUGCCGCCUAUCACAGUCCUAUUUUGCAUCUAUUAUCGCUGACUUCGGGAUUUAAUCUGAAUUAUGUGCUUGUCCCUCCUGCACUGGGAUUCCUUAUUUCAGCUGGUCCAUGGUAUCGUUUCAUCAUGUACAUGGCAGCACUCAUCAAUAUGUUCCUUACGCGAUACGGGUUGGUGGAGAUCUUGUUACGGCUCACGAUUGAAAAAGAGAAAACAGCCUAAGAUAAGGAAAAAGACAGACAUUACACAUCUUACAACCCAUCAGGACUCCCACCAAGUCGUUCCUUCACUCAAUCAUCUAGACAACCAUCUUCCAAACCUACAGCUUUUUUUUCUUUUUCCAUCCAUAGAUGAUCUUUUAAAGAAGGGACCAAAGAGAACCAAUGGAUUACUUGCAUUAUUUCACCAAAAACCAAAAAAGAUACAUUCUAAUAGAUUAUUAUUUCGUUCCACACCGCACUACUACCACUCC